AUGUCUGCCAACACCGAAACUACUUCCCAGGACGUUCCCGCGGUUUCUUCUCAAGGAGCCGAGCCAGCCUCAAAACCCAAGGAAAAAACAUUUGUUGAACUGACUGCUUUGGACAUUGUGCCGUCCAGACCCAACUACAGCCACGAAUUUGACGUCGAGAAGCCUUCUCCGAUUGCGGAUAGGGGUUUCGACGUAAGGCGAUACCGUUUACCCAAGGGCUCAGUGGAGCCAAGACCGGAACCUGCAGCCGAGCCAGCUGCACCGGAUCCUGAAUUUGAUACGGCAGGGUCAUCUCGGCUCAUUGCUAUUGUCGGUAAGAGACGGAGAAAGCCUUCGGACAAAGGGCAGAAACCAAAGAAAAAGGCAAGGAGCGUUGUUCGGACUUUGAGGGAUGAAUCAGAGUCCGACUUUCUUAUUCAAAGGGAUGGUGAGGGCCCUUCCGUCGCCUCUUUUCUGGAGGAGGAAGCCACCAUCCCGCCCUUUCCUACAGCUGAGGAAGGACCUUCCGUUCCUGCUCCGUACACAGGUGGGGAAGAAGUUCUUUUUCCAACUCCUCUAAGGUCCAUUGAAUUCAUUGACAUUUCAUCUGACGCUUCACCCGAAGAGAUUCCCCUGCAGAGGCCUAGAAGAUCCGGGCCAUCUUUGAAUAUUGAGGCCGAACAAAGAGCAGAGUCGGCCCCCGAUACCGACGCUCCAACGGAUACAUGCCUACUGCCCAGUGGUGACCCAACUGCAACAUUCGAGGCACCUGCUUCCACCGAGACCGUUGGGGCUUCUCCAUCUUCGAAUAUUGAGGCCGAACAAAGAGCAGAGUCGGCCCCCGAUACUGAGGCUCCAAUGGAUACAUGCCCACUGCCCGGUGGUGACCCAACUACAACAUCCGAGGCACCUGCUUUCACCGAGACCGUUGGGGCUUCUCCAACUUCUCCUACUCCUGUGCCGAGGUCUGAUAACCUCGAUGACAUGUUCUCGGAUACCCCUCCAGCAACCAAGGAAGUUUUCGGGUUUGGCCAUCUUCCCAUUCCUCGAGUCACGAGGCCGGCUAGCCGGUCCACAAAAAAGGGUGCGAGGAACAAUCUCGUAGCUAUUUUAGUGGUCACCGUCCCCGAGGAUUGA